GAGAGGCACAUAGAGAGGAAAGAAAGAAACUAAAGGAGCAGGAAAGGUAGCCGAGUGGCUCCCAGGAGACGACUUCCUAGUAACCUGUCUGGGUGGAGCCUCACAGGCUGGGAGCGGCCGGCUGUGGUGGUGCAUUCUGAGGGUUCGUUCACCGGUCUGUACGUAUACAGUACGUGUGUUUCCUUUUUUUUUACCUGCUAUGAGAGCUCAAACCACAGUUGACAGUGGAGUCGAGCGGAGCCUGUGCUGGAGAGGACAUGAGGUCCGAGAAGGAGGAGGGGAAGGCCGUGUUGUUGCGUGAGGAGGUGGUCCAGCUUCAAGAGGAGGUCCACCUGCUAAGGCAGAUGAAGGACAUGUUGAGUAAGGACCUGGAGGAGACCCAGGGAGGCUGCUCCGCCAACCUGAUCUCAGCCACCGAGCUGCGCGUGCAGCUGGGGGACAGGGAGCAGGAGCUGGACCGCGCCAAGGAGGCCCUACAAGCUAUGAAAGGUGACCGGAAGCGUCUAAAAGUGGAGAAGUCAGACUUGAUGAGUCAGAUGCAGCAGCUGUACACAACACUGGAGAGCAGAGAAGAACAGCUGCGAGAAUUCAUACGCAACUACGACCAACAUCGAAAGGAGAGUGAUGACGCAGUGAAAGUCCUGGCAAAGGAGAAGGACAUGCUGGAGAGGGAGAAGUGGGACCUGAGGAGGCAGACCAAAGAAGCCACGGAGCAGGCCAACAUCCUGCGCUCUCAGAUGGACAUGAAGGAGAACAGGGUCAAAGAACUGGAGGCCGAGCUGACCAUGGCAAAGCAGUCUCUGGCAACGUUGACGAAAGACGUACCUAAGCGCCACUCGGUUGCCAUCCCUAUGGAGCCGGUGGUGAACGGCAGUCAGGAGUGGGUGAUGCAGGCCGACCUGCCGCUCACGGCCGCCAUUCGGCAGAGUCAACAGACCCUCUACCACGGACACAGCACAGACAGACAGGCUGUGGUCAGGAUCAGCCCCUGCCACUCUCGCCAGCCCUCUGUCAUCUCCGACGCCUCGGCAGCCGAUGGAGACCGCUCAUCGACGCCCAGCGACAUCAAUUCACCUCGGCACCGGACGCACUCCCUCUGCAAUUCCAUGGAGGAUCUGGAGGACCAGAAGCGUAAGAAGAAGAAGGAGAAGAUGACUCUGGGAUCUCUGUCACGGGUUUUCGCUCGAGGCAAGCAGCGCAAGUCACUGGAACCCGGCCUGUUUGAUGACUCUGACAGCCUCACACAGCAGAGCCUGUCUGACGGAGAGGAGCAGCUGGACCGCCUCCAGCAGGCCGAGCUCACCAGAAACACAUGCAUGUCGCAGUGGAGGGCAGGUGCAGUGCAGGCCUGGCUGGAGGUUGUCAUGGGGAUGCCCAUGUACAUCCGAGCCUGCUCUGAAAACGUCAAAAGUGGCAAGGUGCUGCUAGGCCUGACAGAUGAGGACCUGGAGCUGGGUCUGGGUAUCAGUAACCCAAUUCAUCGCAGAAAACUGAGGCUGGCCAUUGAGGACUACAGGAGAGCUGAAGGAGACCAAGGGCUAUCCAAAGCGUCUGAGUUGGACCAUCACUGGGUUGCCACAUCGUGGCUGAAUGACGUGGGGUUGCCUCAGUACUCGCAGACCUUUCAGACCCAUCUGGUGGACGGCCGGGUGCUGAACUCUCUGAGCCGCAGAGACCUGGAGAGAUUACUCAACAUCAGUGACCAGUUCCACCAGACCAGUCUCCUCCUGGCUAUCCAGCUCUUGCAGAUACUCAACUUUGAUAAAGAGGCCCUGCAGGCACAGCGGGCAAAAUGUGAGGACCAAGACCGAGAGCCCAUUGUUUGGACGAGUCACAGAGUAAUGAAGUGGAUCAGAGACAUAGACCUCAAGGAGUUUGCAGACAAUCUUCAGGGUAAAGGGAUUCAUGGAGCUGUGAUGGUUCUGGACCCGUCCUUUGACUCAAACGCCAUGGCAAAAGCUAUUGGGAUCCCCAGCAACAAGCACAUGCUGCAUCGGCACCUGUACGAGGAGAUGAAAUCCCUCGCCGUCCCUAACAGCAGUGCAGAGCAGGGCAGUGAAGUGAUCACUUCUUCCUCACCUGUUGCUGUAAAGCGCUUUGCUGAGGAGAGGGUGUCGAUGAGAAGAUCAGGCAAGAGUCCGCUGAGGUUACGUGCUAGCAGCCACUCUGUGGAGCGCGGUCUGGGCUUCCACGGCGGCUGCGGCUCCCCGCCCCGAGAGGCCCGGGUCCAGGCCGUCCCGCGGGCCAGAGGCAGCCCCAUGCACACCUUCAAGAGUGUAGAAAUCACCAACGUGUGAUCAGCCAUCCAGAUCGCUCACACUGUUACCAUUGUUUACAUUGUUAUUGUAUUAUAGUUGUUUUCUACUGAGAGUGACCUACACUCGGCAUCGUUGGACUUUAAAGAUGAAGUCUUAAAAGGGAUGUACCCCUUAAUAAUUCCAAUAUAUUAUUAUUUUGUCCAAUAUAAAAACAAAACUUGAAUAGAAACAAAGAUCAUUUUGACCUGAUAGUUGUAAAUAUAAGGAAGAGGCAGAUAAUUUAGUUUGUUAGAUUUCCAACUAAAUGUCUGGAUGAGUUUCUUAUGACAAGUUUAUAGAAGGCUUACAUUUUGAAUAACCUCCAAAAAUAGCUGAAAACAGUGUUGUUCUUCUUUGAUGCCUUAUACAAACAGGUCUCACAGCACUGUUGUGUCCUGCUCUAACUACUUCUUACAUUAAAUGAAAAAUAAUACGUGAGAUGUAGUGAAAAAAAGACACAUUUUACGGUAGAGAUACAUAUCCUCUGUUAUUCUUCUGAGGAGACAUGAACUGUGUGUGCACUGUGCAGUCAGAAGCCCAACACUGAGGCGUUAUCUGUAAUCAUAAAUGUUAUUAAUACUGCAACAAAUAGUAGUCCAUUUUUUAUAUUUUGGAAUGUUAAAACUGGUAAAAAUCCAUAUUUUUCUUACAGUAUGUUUUCUUUAAUUAAAGAACAGCUUUUCUUUUGAUUUUCAUUGAAUGUAAAUGAACAUCCCGCAGUAUAGAUGAAACACACGGUUGAAUGUUGAGUUAUGAAAGUGAUAAUGUGUAAAGAUUUAAGCAAUUGAUACAUGUUUAUACUGUAUGAGCACUGAAGAAAGGGAAUUCUGUGACUUAUAUGAUAAAGUAAAUAGAGAGAAUGUAAUGGUAUAUUUUGUAAGGUUUAAUCAUGUUUUACAACACACAGUAACGUUUCUUCCUGAGCAUGAAAACUCACGUGUGAAAUAUACAAAUAGAAAACAGGUUUUCUGUGACUUUCUGGGCAAACUUGUAUAAGCGGGAAGAUUAGACCAGUUCAAACCUGUAUGGAAACAGAAGGAAAGUCAAAUGGUGUUUGCUAUGAUGUUUAGCUUCCCCAGCUGUCAGAGAUUUCAUGUACGUCGACAUUAAAGCUGAAAUGAUGGUCAACUUA